CGAUUUAUUUUCAGACCUCGCGUGGUCUAACGUUCUGGAGUUUUGCAUCAUGUGUUUGAGUUAAAAACUACAUAACCUAAAAACUGAGAUGAUCGAUGAUAUAAAUUAAAAUAUUUGAUGAUUGAAUUUUAUGUAAAAAAAUACUACGAAUGUAUUUUAAAAAAAUUUUUAAUUUGUUAAAAACAAAUAAUUUACCAACAAAAUAUAUUAAUAGUAGUAAACAUACUAAAAAUAAUUUUAUUUAUUUUAAACAAGCAUUUAAACGUCCCGAAUCUGCCCCAAUGAGUGAAAAAGAAUUGAACAAAUCCCUCCAAAAAAUCAAGCAAUUACAAGGAGCGAAAAAAAAAGUGAAAUAUAGUCCAAGUACAGUGACUCUACAGGUAUUGGGUAGUGAUGCACGAGGAGCAACAAGGUGUCUCUAUGUUUCAUCAGAUCACUCUAAAUAUAUAUUCAACUGUGGAGAAGGUACUCAACGAUUAGCGCAUGAAAAUCACUUAAGGUUAACAAAAUUGGAUCAUAUUUUUUUUACAACACCAACAUGGCAUAAUAUCGGUGGAUUGCCUGGGUUAUCUCUCACCAUUCAAGAUAGUGGAGUGUCUGAAUUAACUCUCCAUGGACCUAAAGGUAUCUCAGAAAUUUACGACGCUGUGAAAAGAUUUGUUUACCUUACAGAAUUAAAUGUCACCGAAGCUAGUUGUGAAGAAAAAGACGUUUUUCAAGACUUGUGUAUGAGCGUUCGAUAUAUUCAUUUAAAAAAAUCAACACCCAAUAAUGAUCCCGAGAGUAGUGAUAAAUUAUAUAUUGACUAUAGUACUGAUGACAACGAUGACGUUGAUUAUUAUGCACAUGAACACAACAAAAAUGGUAAACGAAAUUAUAAAAUUCAAAAUGGAAAACAACCGAAUCCCAAAAUUAUAAAACAUGAAAAAAAGAGAGUUACACGAGUGACUGGUUGCGUUGCUUAUAUUUGUAAAUUAACAGAUUUAGUUGGAAGCUUAAAUGUUCAAAAAUGUGUUGAUUUUGGGGUUCCACCUGGCCCUCUUCUAGGUCAACUAAAAUCUGGUAAAGAUGUAACAUUAGAAAACGGAAAUAUUGUAAAAAGUUCAGAUGUAGUUGAUCCACCGUCAUCGGGUCCUGUUUUUAUAGUACUAGAAUGUCCUGAUGAAGAUUAUUUAGAUUCACUGGUUAAUAAUGAUGUUUUUAAAAAUUACCAAAAAAAUAAUGACUUCCAGAAUGAGGAUGAUAAUAAUGAUUUACCUCGGUGUAUUGUACAUUUUACACCUGAAAAUAUUAUAAGGAAUCCUAAGUACAUUGAUUGGAUGUGUAAAUUUCCAUCAGAAACUGAACAUAUUAUCAUUAAUGAUAAUAACCAUUGUUUAAAUUAUGAAGCUCUCCAUCGAAUCCAGCAUAAAUUAAAUUUAUUACAUCCAGAAAUAUUUCCUAUAAUACAAGAUAAAGAGCAGAGAGUAGAUACGCCGUACGAAGAAAUUGACGAGAGGCUUAAAGAUUUAAAAAUUCAUCGUGCGAAAACUCUCAAUACUUUUGAAUUACGGCCAUUGAGGGGUUUCAAAAACUCAGUUAUCCAAAUUAAUAGAGAAGCUGAUAUAAAGGAAGCGAUGGAUGUUGAUGGAUUUCUCGAUGUAUUGGCUGAACUUCAAACAGAAAUAAAUGCACGUAGUAAAUUCAUUGAAAGCAUGGAUAAAUUUCCAAAAAUUUUGAUGCUUGGUACUGGCUCGUGUGUUCCGAAUAAAGUAAGAAAUACCAGUGGAAUUUUAGUGCGAAUCGAUGAGGAAACAAGUAUUUUGUUGGACUGUGGUGAAGGAACUAAGGGCCAGUUGGUGAGAUUUUUUGGAGAUGAGUCGGACAAUAUUAUUAAAAGUAUAAAAGCUAUUUAUAUAUCACAUUUACAUGCGGACCAUCAUCUUGGAUUUCUUGGAGUUCUUCAAGCACGGAAACGUUUAACUGACGAAAAAUUAUUUCUCCUCGCGCCGAAACAAAUUGAAUCGUGGAUACGACUAUACCACAAAAAAUUUGAACCUUUUGAAGACUAUAUUAAUUUUGUACCUAAUCAAGGUCUUCUAUUGACUUUAGAGUCACUUCCAACGGACACUAAAGAUGAGUUACUUCAACAACUUAAAUUGAAAAAGAUCAAUACUAUUGGAGUAUUACAUUGUUUGCAUGCUUUUGGAAUUUCCUUGACGCUUAAAAAUGAAAGAAAAAUUGUUUAUAGUGGUGACACUAAACCUUGUCCUGGUUUGGUAACUCUAGGUGAGAAUUGUGAUUUAUUAAUUCAUGAAGCGACAAUGGAAGACGGUUUGGAACACGAAGCUCGUAAAAAAAUGCAUUCAACGAUAUCACAAGCUAUAAGCAUUGGUGAACAGAUGAAGGCUAAAUUUAUACUUCUAACACAUUUUAGUCAACGGUAUUCUAAAAUGCCACGGAUACCAGAAGAUGAUGAAAAAUUUAAUUCUAAUAAUAUUGGAAUUGCUUUUGAUAACAUGCAAUUUAAUCUUGCCGAACUUACAUUAUUACCCUUAUUUUAUCCAGCAUUAAAAUUAAUAUUUAGUGAAUAUUGUUAUCAACUUGAAAGUAAAGCACAAAGACGAUUACUUAAACAACAACAACAAAAUGAAAAGUUGAAUCUUAAUAUUCAGCAUCAAAAAAAUUAAAAAAAAUUGUUUUAGAAUAAUUUUUGUUUUUUGUUUGUAUACAAUAUUCAUUUGUAAGAAUUUAUUAAUUUUUUUUAUAUAAAUUGUAAAAUAAAUGUCAAAAUCUAAAUAAGCAUAAAAAUGUGCAGUAGCUUUGAAAAUAAAUAGAGUUUACAAUUAAAUUAUUUUCUACCAUUAAAUAGUAAAGGUGUGCCAAUCAUGCAAAUAGCGACUAUGAUUACGUGACUUGAAAACCUUACAACUCUAUAAUAUGUACUAAUCUUCUCAUUAGUUGUCAAUCUAUCACCCUUAAACGUGUUAAAAUAAGUAAUACAUAAUUCAACAUUUUAAGGGCAAUAAAGAUUACAUAUUAAAUAAUUACGCGAUCAUAACCGCUGAUCGUAUAAUUGUCAUGGCUCCUUAACUUAAAAAAUAAACAUCAAGUAAAAUAUGUACCAUACUGUAUUUAUAAUAAAUAUAAAAGUGAAUAUUUAUAACUCUUA